CUCCUAGUGAGUCCCACCAGCACACAAUUGACCCAAAAUCCUCAUGAACGACAGAGGCUCGAAUACCCCUCUCGUGUAUUCCCUCACUUAUGACGAAUGCGACUCCAUCCAGUCGAAUUAGCACCGCAAUCGGUCCCUGUGCCUGGAUGUCGGCAUCCUGCUCCAGCACACCAAAGCAUAACCCGCAGAUUCAUGCCUGGAUAUAAAUACAUACGCAAGAGAUGCCAAAUUGACCACAGCAGCUGAGAAUGCAGUUUGGGCUCGGUCCUCACAAUCUCGCUCCUACAUCCUUAACGAUCAGUCCGGCGAACAAUCUUGAGCAGGCGAACAAUAGGGAGAGAGAAUUACUACAUCUCAGGACAUAACAGGAGACUAAGGUAGGCACGGCAGAGAAAAUGCCGAGGACUGAUGGCGAGAGUCACAGAAGCCGUCAAGGCAAGUGUUACAAUGGCAGCAAGUUACAUGGUGGAAAUCUGUUUCUUCUCCGACUUAUGGGCUUGUUACGCUUGCUUGGUUCCCGUUUCGCAUGUGGCAUUAAGCUUCACGCUUUCCUCCUACCAAUCUUAUUCCGAUGCUCAAGUUUCGGGCUGGGCUCAAUAGCGCUAGGACUUUCAGUUAUAUGUUCUGGUUACAGAGGUAGUCUGGAUUGGGA